AUGCAUCUGCGCGCCGAACACGCCGUCAGAGACCUGCCCACCCUACACACUUUUAUUCGCUCCCACCCACUCGGCGUCCUAACCACCUCACUGCCGUCGGAAAACUUUCCCACGCUGCAGUGUAGUCAUAUUCCGUGGGUAUUAGAUGGUGUGAACGCCGGCGCGGGCGCGGGGUUAGAUGGGACGGGGACAGGGGAUGAGGGGCCCUCGGCUAGAAAUUUACCCGGGCUCAGCGAUGAAACCAACAAGCAAUGCACAAGCAAAGCCUCAAGCGGAAGGGACCUUGGCACAUUGCGCGGCCACAUUGCCCGCGCGAAUCCGCACACAAAGGCUUUGAUCGAGGCUGUGACGGAGGCGGGGGAUGCGGGGGAUGUGACCGGUCCUAAUUCGGUUGUGAAGCAGGAGGAGGAGGGUGAUCGACAGGGUCAGAGUCAGAGUCAGGGUCAGGGUCAGGGUCAGGGUCAGGUACUUCCUGGCGAGGUGCUGAUUGUAUUUACCAGUCCGGUGGACCACUAUAUCACGCCGCAGUUCUACGCGGGGUCGGUGGGGAGUGGAAAAGUUGCGCCGACGUGGAAUUAUGCCGCUGUGCAGGUUUAUGGGCGGAUGGUUGUUUACCAUUCUGUGAAGGAGGAGGCGACGGGGGGAUUGGGGGAUUUAGCGAGGGUUGGGGAGGUGGGGAUUAUGGGGUAUGGCAAUGCUAGUGUUGGUGCUGGUGCUGGGGGUGAUGAAUUAGGGCAGGGGCGAUCUCCGUGGAGGAUUGCUGAUGCGCCGGUGGAGUAUAUUUCGAUGCUGAAGAAGGGGAUCGUGGGGAUGGAGGUGCAGAUCACGCGGGUGGAAGGGAGGUUUAAGGGGAGUCAGGAGAAAGGCGUUGCGGAUCGAGAAGGUGUUAUUGGUGGGUUGGAGGGGAUGGGAGGUUCGAGGGCGAGGGAGAUGGCUGGGUUUGUGAGGGAUAUGUCUGUAUCCAGGGGGUAG